AUGAAACAUUUCAAGAGAUUUUAUGAUUUCAAAACUUAUCUUGGAGGUUCUUCACCAACAGAUACAAAUGAAACUACAGAUUCAUCUUCACAAUCUCAAAUUGAAAAUGAAGAAAUAAAUAAAACCUCAAAUAAUAUAAAUAUAUCAACCGAAUUAUCAUCUUCUACAACAUUAAAUAAGUCACAGAAUAAUAAUAAUAAUAAUAAUAAUAAUAAUAAUAAUAAUAAUAAUAAUAAUAAUAAUAAUAAUAAUAAUAAUAAUAAUAAUAAUAAUAAUAAUAAUAAUAAUAAAGAAACAAACUCAUUAUCAACAACACAAUUUAAAUUUAUAAAUGUUCAAGUUUCAGAUUCAGUUUUAUCAAUCUCUACAAAAUAUAAUAUGACAGAAGAGGAUUUAAUGAUAUUAAAUAGAUUAGAGUCAAAGAAUUUAUAUCCAGGUCAAACAUUAAUAGUUUGUUUUAACUUUUUAUCAAAUAAUCCUUUAAAAUCUCUUAAAAAGAAACCAUCAUUUAAUAAUAAUAUUAAUAAUGAUAAUAAUGAUAAUAAUAAUAAUAUAAUUGAAGAAAAUGAAAAGAGAUUAAUGAAAUUUUUUACAAAAGGAUUUAUUGAUGAUGGUGGUGGGGGUUGUGGUGGUGAGGUUGAGGGUGGUAGUGGAAGAUUAUUGGAUAUUGUUAAUUCAUAUCCAUUGUUAUUACCAAGAUUAAGAGAAAAGUUUAGUAUAUCAAUGUACAGUAAGGAUAUCAAUACUUUAGAUGGUCAUAUUAUAGAACAAGAUGGUCAACAUCAUUCAUUAUGUUCAUCAUCCACUGAUCAAAUCAAUAGAAAUAGAGCGAAAUCACUAAUACUAUCAAAUUUAAACAUUGAUAAUGUUUUAUUCAUUCAACAAAAUAUUCAACAUCAACAAUAUUAUCAACAAUCUUCACAACAACAUCAAUAUAAAAUUAAUAUAAUAAUGGGUACUUUAAAAUUUUUAAGUGGUUCUUUAAUUUUAUUUAAUCCAAAAUCAAAUAAUAAUAAUAAAUUAGAAAUAUUAUUUAAUAAUAUAUCAGGAUGGAAAUUAAGUAUUUAUGAUAAGGAUCAAAAUGUUUUAAAGAUAAAUCAUGAUCAUUUGUCAGUACUUUCAUCAAAUUCAAUGUUACUUUGUAUUUAUUUGAAAUCUUAUAUACAAGAUUCUUAUAAAAAGAACUUUAUAAUUGUAAAUAGUAAUAAUAGUAAAAAGAAUAAACAAACAACUUAUGAUUUGAAAUCAUUACAUUCAGUUUUAAAAGAAUUAUUUAAUGGUAUACCACAUGUUGAAAAUGAAUCAACUUUACCAAUACCUCAAGGUGGUCCUUCAAAUUGGGAUAAAUUAUUAUCACAACCAAUCUCUGAGUUGUUAUUAUUAUCUUCAAUUGCUCCACCAAAUCAAAAUCAAAAUCAAAAUAAUAAUAAUACUUCACCUCUUUCGCCAAUUAAAUCAUCUUUUGGUUUUAGUAUUAAUCAAUUAAAGAGUUCAAGCGGUACAACACAAAUACUAAAUGAUAAUAAAGAUUUAACUAAUAAUAGUGUUGGUAUUAAUAAUAAUAAUAAUAAAAAUAAUGACAAUAGCAAUAACAAUAAUAAAGAAAACAAAGAAAUUAAAGAUAGCAAUAAUAAUAAUAAUAAUGAAAAUAAUAUAUUAUCACCAACUAAAGAAAAUACAAAUCAAAAUUCAAUUAUAUCACCAUUUAAAAAGACAUUGGAUACAGAAGUUUUUAAAUAUGAAUUAUUUUCUUUAUUUGAUGAAACUCGUAGAGUUGAAGGUAUUUUAACUAUUUUACCAAAUUGGUUAAUAUUUCAAGCAAAUGUAAAUGAUCCAUUAGUAAAGAAAGAGGGAAGUUUAAAAUUUCAAUUAAAUUUUAUGAUGGAUCAAGUUGCUUAUUGUUCAAUUAUACCAAAACCUUCUUCAUUAUCAAUAUCAACUGAUAAUGUAAAUAAUAAUCAAAAUAAUAAUAAUAAUAAUAAUAAUAAUAAUAAUAAUAAUAAUAAUAAUAAUAAUAAUAAUAAUAAUAAUAAUAAUAAUAAUCAAAAUAAUAAUAAUGGUGGAGAUUUACAAUUUAAUAUGGAAGAAGAAAAAAUAGAAAAUGAAUCAUCUGAAGAAAAGAAAGAUAAUCAAAAUAAUAAUAAUAAUAAUAAUAAUAAUAAUAAUAAUAAUAGUUUAAUUUCAUCAAAUAUUAAUUCAACAGGUUUAAAUAAUAGUAAUAACGGAAUUAAUAUUUUAAAGAAAUCAAUAUCAACAAAGAGUUUAGUUUAUACAGGUAUACAUAUUAUAGUUUUUUUAGAGAAUAAUCAAGUUGAAAAAGAUAUUGUAUUGGAAUGUGAUGAUGAAGAUUCAAAUAGUAUUUGUGAGAGAAUUAAUAAAUCAAUAGAGAAUAGUAAAAAGAAAUUACCACAAAUAACUAGACAAAUUAAUUAUUCAAUUUCACCUUCAACUUCACCUUCUUCACAAUUCACAUUAUUACAUAAUAGAACAACAACACCAACUAAAUCAAAUACAUCAACACCAACACCAACACCAACACCUUCAACAUCAUUUACUAGAAACUUUUUAAAUUUUAGUUCUUUUUUCGAUUUAAAUUCAUCAACGACUCAAGAUAGUAAUGAUACAACUAUUGAUCUCACAACAAAUCACAACAAUGAAUUAUUUAAUUAUAAGACAGGUAGUGAAUAUGAUGAUGACAAUGAUGACGAUGAUGAUGAUGACGAUGAUGAUGAAAAUUAUAAUAAUGGUGAUAAAGAAAAUGGAGAAAUUAUUCAACAUAUUAGAAUUAUUGAUUUUAUUCCAACACUUUUUGGUUCAAAUUCACCACCAAUUAUUGAACCUGAAGAUGCUAGAAAGAUAGUUAGACAUUUACCACCAAUUGUUCAACUUAAAAAUUGGAAUUUACUUUAUAAAACUGUACAGCAUGGUAUUUCAAUGAAUACUUUAUAUAGUAAAACCAAAGAUCAAGGACCUGUUGUAUUGGUUAUCAAAGAUUCAGAAUCAAGAGUUUUUGGUGGUUUCAUAUCGGAAUCAAUUAAAAGUACAAAGAGUUACUAUGGAUCUGGUCAAUGUUUUGUUUUCUCUUUGGUGGAUAAAGAUGAUUUUAAAUAUUAUCCUUGGUCAAAGAAAAAUGAAUGUUUUGUACAAUCCACUGAUAAUUAUAUCUCAAUGGGUGGUGGUAUAGAUGGUAAAUAUGCACUUUGGGUUGAUAAUGAAAUGAAUUUUGGUGUCACUAGUCCAUGUUUAACUUAUGAUAGUCAACCUUUAACAAAUGGUGGUUUAGAAAAUCAAGAUUUCAAAUGUAUUGAAUUAGAAAUUUGGGGUUUUGAUUAA